UUUACUACACAGCCACAUGCGAGCGGGAAAAAUGGUUUGCAAGAUCACAAUACUCUUGAUGUGUGCUGUCAGCUGCUUUGGUUACGAUUCCGCGGUUUCCCAUCAGAGCGUAAUGCUAUACACUGGUCACCACGGAGAGCUGUCACACUUCGGACACCACGCGCCGGAACACCACGAAGAAUAUGCCUGGUCCUAUCCAUUAUAUGACUUCUCGUACAAAGUGGAAGAUCCACACACGCACGACUACAAAGGAAGUGAAGAAACCAGGGACGGAGACAAGGUCAAAGGGAUGUACUGGUUGAUACAACCGGACGGUGUCAAGCGUACAGUAAAAUACUACGUUGAUAAAGACAGUGGAUAUAAUGCUGUAGUAGAAUAUUCAGAUUUACAUCAUCACAGACCUAAACAUUACGAAGGACAUCAUCCAACGUCUGAAGUGUACAACGUGGUCGAACAUCAUCUUCCGCAUAAACAUCAUCAUCAUCACCAUCAUAAUGACGAAAAUGAUCAUGCUAAACAUCAUCAUGAUGACAUGAUUAAACCGUAUUAUGACGACGACGAUUAUUAUAGUCACUAAAAAUUGUAAAUUAUUUGUUA